AUGGCGCGGUAUUACAUUUUGGCAUCCAUGUCGAAUGUUCUGCAACAUCAGCAUCAGUCGAUGGAGUCUGCUUAUGACAUUCUGGAAAAUCUCAAAGAAAUGUUCGGAGAUCAGAAUCGUGCGGCUAAGCAGACUGCCAUGAAAGCUCUUCUGAAUACCAAAAUGGUUGAAGGUUCAUCAGUCCUUGGAGCUAACAUUGAUAAGGACACGCAGGUUGAAAUGAUCCUGAAGACUUUGCCUGACAGUUUUCAGCAGUUUCGCCUGAAUUAUAACAUGAACAAAAUGGAUUUGUCCCUUGCGAAAUCGCUGAAUGAGCUGCAGGCGGUAGAGACUAUUAUCAAGUGCCAAGAUCCUCCCGUGGCAUUGAAUUUUGAGGCAGGUAACGAUACCUAG